GACCAUGCACUGCAGAACUGGCUAGCGAGGUCUCCUCGGAGACCAGGGCAGGAAACUAAGAAUGAAAUCGAGAUGUCUAGCCUAUUUUAUUUGCAGAGAACGAAAGGGGACCCGAAGCCAAUGGGCAACUCGCCCAUUCUUAGGAGCUGCUGACUUCACCGAUCAAUAAUUUGCGUUUUGACUAUUAAGAGCAGCGGUUCCUGGGGGGAGGGGCUAGCCUGCUGGCAGACGCAACUGGCAACGGUUCUCCUGAGCCUCCUCCCCAUCCCCCACUAUCUUGGCCCACUUUUUCUCUCUCGAUCCUCGGACUGGACAUCCAGAAUCAAGUGGGCAAGCAACUCGGGCUCGAGAACAGCUCCCGCACCCUUCUACGUGACCUGCACCUUUAAACUUACUCCAUCCUAACCGGACCCCGGAGGCACCACCCACAUCCGUCUAACAUCACUUCCUUCAGGGUUAGGGAAAAAAAUCUGGGGACGCUAGGGGUAGGACUGAACCACACUUGGGGAACGCGCGGACCUUCUGCCGGGACUACGGCCCUGCGUCUGCUCAGCCUGGUGGCCCCGCGCACCUACCACCAUGGAGCUGCGGCCUCGUCUUGGGGCCACCUGUUUGCUUGGCUUCAGUUUCCUGCUGCUCAUCACUUCCUCUGAUGGACAUAAAGGGCUUGGAAAGGGUUUUGGAGACCACAUUCAUUGGAGAACACUAGAAGAUGGGAAGAGAGAAGCAGCUGCCAGUGGAUUGCCCUUGAUGGUGAUUAUCCAUAAAUCCUGGUGUGGAGCUUGCAAAGCUUUAAAGCCCAAAUUUGCAGAAUCUACAGAAAUUUCAGAACUCUCCCAUAAUUUUGUAAUGGUAAAUCUUGAGGAUGAAGAGGAGCCGAAGGAUGAGGAUUUCAGCCCCGACGGGGGCUAUAUUCCCCGCAUCCUCUUCCUGGAUCCCAGUGGCAAGGUGCGUCCUGAAAUCAUCAAUGAGAAUGGAAACCCCAGCUAUAAAUAUUUCUACGUCAGUGCUGAGCAAGUUGUUCAGGGGAUGAAGGAAGCUCAGGAAAAGCUGACGGGAGAUGCGUUCAGAGAGAAACAUCUUCAAGAUGAGUUGUAACCUGAAUGUGUUGCUUCUCUCAUCAAAAUUAGCAUUCUGGAAGGAAAGCCACAGGGGAGGGAAUAUUGAAAAAUUGUUCAGAACAAUAAAAUCAACCAGGAAACAUUGCUGCUGCCUGCUUGGGAAGGAGCUCUUUCACUGUGAAAGAGUUCUGCAAUCAGAAGCUGACCUCCAUGUUUUUGGAUCCACGAGAGUUUUGCAAAUUUCCUUCUACUGGCCCCCUGACCUAAGUAUAUUUGUCUUUGAAUGUAAAGAAAGAUACCUUUUAUCACAAAACUUGAGCCAUUUGGAGAUUUACUCCUGACACUUAAGUAUUUGAAUCAUUUCCCAUUUCUUCUUGCUAUAUUCAUUUGGGUGGUGAAAGGAAAUCAGUAGCAUCUUUUCUACAUUGUUAAAUUUGCAGAAAUAGCUUAGUAUUUAAAACCACAAGCCCUAAAUGUAAACCAGUAAUUCUAGCCCCACCAAGGAAACCAGCCUUUUUCUUCACUUUUUCUCCUGGAAAUAAUCUUGGACUUCUUCCUGAAUCCCUGAAAAUCCCUUUCUCUUCUGCUUGGGCUUCCCUGUUUGCACGCAUGCAUCUGCAGGAACGGCUGUGUGCCUGGACUCAGCCCUCGCUGGAAGCAUGCUUCCCUCUGUUAAUGUUUGAGAAACUCAAACCUUCAGGUCCUAGAAGGAGCCAUUUUUGUCAAGCUGUCAACUGUAUUUUUGUAUUGGGGUUAACAAAAGAAAUAUUGUUCCAUUAAACUUUAAUAAAAUUUUAAAAGGAAGUGUAUUGUGAUGGUCUUUUGGUUUUAG